GAUCUACUUUCUGCAGCUGCAGGAUACGUUCCACCACCACUGGCGGGAGGGGAACUUGGCAUCGGCGGCGAGGUGCGACGUGUGUCGGCGUUCCUGUGGUUCCUCUGACGUCCUGGCGGGGAUGAGGUGUGAGUGGUGCGGCAUCACGAGCCACGCGGCGUGUUACCUCAGCGUGCCACCAGAGUGCACUCUGGGACGUCUGCGCUGCAUGCUGCUGCAUCCGGCCUGCAUCCGCCUCGACUCCAGAAACUUCAGCAAGAUGCACUGCUACCGCAUCACCGAGAGCUGCAGCCACGACCUGGAUAACUGCGAUGACGUCGAUCCGUCUGCUGUGUGUAAAGACGGUCAGACGGCUGCUGCAGAGUCCG